AUGGCAGAAUCAACAAAUUAUCCCGAGCUCAAACUUUACUGGCUCAACAACUCCCGCGCUCAGCGCAUCGUCUGGUUGCUCGAGGAGCUCGGCCUAUCGUACGAGGUCGAAAUAUUCCAACGCAACAAAGAUAUGUUCGCGCCUUCGGAGCUCAAAGAAGUCCAUCCCCUGGGGAAGUCUCCCAUGGUCAUCGUCACCAUCCCGCAACCCUCGAGCCCAGUCAAGCGGAGAAAGCUCGUCCUAGCCGAAAGUGGUCUUAUUGCCCAGUAUCUUGCCGACCACUUUGGUAAACACCUCCUCCCAAAGCACUAUUGCGAUGGACAAGAAGGCCAGCCCGGCGGAGAGACGGACGAAUGGAUACGCUACCAGUACUUCCUGCACUAUGCUGAAGGCAGCCUGCAUCCACCACUUUUGGUCCAGCUUAUUUUAAUGAGUUUCAACGGCAAAUAUCUUUGUGGUGACCACCUGACAGCCGCCGACAUCCUUAUGAGCUAUCCGCUACUCGAAGCCAGGGAGAAAGCCGGCGAGCUCAAUCCUCCCAAAACGGAGAAGUGGUCCGAAAAAUAUCCCAAGCUCUGGGUCUAUUUGAAACGGCUGGAGUAUGAGCCCGGAUUCAAGCGGGCCGAGGUCAAGAUCAAGGAGUUGGAUGCCAGAAAGAGCUGA